AACUGCGGUAUUUUUCCGACAAUAGUCUCGUAUCGUUCAUUCAGUCGUCACGUAAAUUUGGACGCAGACACACCUCCGCCAUUCGGUCUCCGCAUACACACAUAACUAAAUAAACUAUAUAGUCAGAAUGGCGGCACAAGAUUUGUCAUCGAAAGAAAUUUUCGAGCUUGAGGAUCAAUAUGGAUGCCGUAACUACAGCCCCAUUCCUGUAGCAUUGUGCCGUGGUGAAGGUAUUUUCGUUUGGGAUGUUGAAGGGAAACGGUAUUAUGACUUCUUGAGUGCAUAUUCAGCUGUCAACCAGGGGCAUUGCCAUCCAAGAAUAAUAAACGCACUGAAGAGACAAGCAGAUAAAUUAACAUUGGUAUCUAGGGCAUUUUAUUCUGAUCAAUUAGGAGUUUACGAAAAAUUUAUGACUGAGUUAUUGGGUUUCGAUCGUUUGUUACCCAUGAAUACGGGAGUGGAAGGCGGCGAGAGCGCUUGCAAGAUAGCUCGCAAAUGGGGAUAUGAAGUUAAGAAGAUACCUAAUGGACAGGCAAAGAUUAUUUUUGCGGAAGGCAACUUUUGGGGCCGAACCUUGUCUGCUGUUUCCGCCUCUUCAGACCCUUCUUGUUAUGAAGGCUUCGGGCCGUAUAUGCCUGGUUUCAGUCUCAUACCAUAUAACGACAUUCCGGCAUUAGAGAAAGCACUCCAGGAUCCGACUGUAGCGGCGUUUAUGGUAGAACCGAUACAAGGCGAGGCUGGAGUAGUGGUUCCUGAUGACGGCUACCUGAAAAAAGUUCGGGAACUUUGCACCAAAUACAACGUGCUGUGGAUAUCGGAUGAAGUGCAGACCGGUUUAGGUCGCGCUGGUAAACUGCUAGCGUCGGAUUACGAGGGAGUCAGGCCCGAUAUAUUGAUCCUCGGCAAAGCCCUUAGCGGGGGCGUGGUGCCCGUGUCAGCUGUGUUGGCUAACAGCAAUGUCAUGGACGUGAUUAAGCCGGGUACUCACGGCUCUACAUACGGCGGCAAUCCUUUGGCAUGUGCGGUUGCCAGGGAAGCUAUAAACGUAUUAUUGGAAGAAAAGUUGUGUGAGAACUCCGAACGGCUCGGCCACGUGUUGCGCGCGGAAUUGGCAAAGAUACCCAAGUCGAUGAUUACCACCAUCCGCGGCAAGGGACUCAUGUGUGCUAUCGUGGUUCAUGAUAGCAUUCCUGCAUACGAAGUGUGCCUUCGGCUGCGUGACGCCGGUCUACUUACAAAGACUACACACGGGCAGAUCAUCAGGCUGGCCCCACCUCUCGUUAUCACCGAGCAACAGAUCAAGGAAGGCGUUGCUAUCAUCCAAAAAGUGUUCGAAAGUUUCGCCAAAUAAACAACAUAAAACAUCACGUACAUUAAUUGCGUCAAAUUCUAAAUUAAGUUAUCUUAUAAGUUUAUUUCAAAUACAUGUAGAUAGCUGAUAUUUAUGGCACAUAGAUUAUUGAACCAUUGCGUCAGUGGUCACGGGUCUUUGACCUCUCAGCUGACUGACAACAACGGAAAUGUUUUGUAACUAUUCAUUCAUUCCUUUCGUCAAUACAUCGCGUUAUUAUGAAAUAGAUAAUGAUUACAAACUUUUUUGUAAGUGCAUUUGAAUUAAAAAGAGUAAGUGAAAUGUUAUCAAUUUUAUCAAAACCAAAGAUUGAAAUAAUGUUUUGAAAAUUAUAAUGUACGGAUUAAGAAAUAAAAGUAUAUCUCCUAUUUAAA